AUGUCAGCUUCAACCUUCUCGAGAUUCAAGCCAGACUUCCUUCGAAAGAAGGAGGAGCUUGCUCCUGUGGAUGCGAGCCUACCGGUUGAUGACAAGAAUCCUGCCACAGAUGGUAUUGCGCCAGCCCAGGAAGCUGGAAAUGAUGACCCUGAGAAGGAUGUCGUUCCUGCUGAGGAUGCGCAACGUGGUGUUCAGCAAGUUGAGGCUGUUACCCUGACUUGGACGAAACCAUACCUGAUUGCCGUAUUUGUCAAUAUGUGGAUGUUGUACUUCGUCAACGCCAUGCAAUCGUCCAUUCUGUACAAUCUCGUACCUUUCGCAACCAGUGCUUUCGAGGCCCAUUCCUUGUUGACGAUCAUCUAUAUUGUUUCCAACAGUAUGACUGCAGCGAUCUACAUCCCACUUGCCAAGAUGUUGGAUAUCUGGGGUCGUGCUGAGGGGUUCCUUCUCAUGGUCGCAUUUGCUACAUUGGGAAUGAUUCUUAUGGCUUCCAGUAAUGGACUCACCACUUUCUGCGUUGCUCAGGUUUUCUACUCCAUCGGAUUCGGAGGUUUGAUCUACAGCGUCGAUGUCAUCACAGCCGAUGUGUCCAAGCUCAAGAAUCGAGGACUGGCAUACGCCUUUACCUCCAGUCCUUACAUCAUCACGGCCUUUGCUGGCGCCAAGGUCUCAGAUGAAUUCUACUACAAAGUCAGCUGGAGAUGGGGUUUCGGAGCUUUCUCCAUCAUCCUCCCAUUCGUCGCUGCACCGCUCUUCUUCAUCUUGAAGCUUCACCUCAAGAAAGCAGAGGCUCAUGGUCUUGUUGUUCGUGAACGUAGCGGUCGAACCUUGACUCAGAACAUCUGGUUCUACGUCCAGGAGUUUGAUGCCCUCGGAGUCUUUCUCUUCGCCUCCGGAUUGACCAUCUUCCUGCUCCCAUUUACCCUCGCAGACACCGCUCCGCAAGGCUGGAAAUCCGGCUACAUAAUUGCCAUGAUCGUCGUCGGUUUCGUCCUCCUUGUACUCUUUGGCCUACACGAAUCCUUCCUCGCUAAACAGCCUUUCCUCAAUGUCCACCUCCUCACAAACCGCACCGUCAUCGGCGCCUGUUGCCUCUGCACCACGUAUCAAAUCUCCUACUACUGCUGGAACUCUUACUUCUCUUCCUUCCUCCAAGUCGUCUCAAACCUCACUCUCGCAGAAGCCGGAUACGUAGGCUCCACCUUUGACGUUCUGUCCGGCGCUCUUCUCCUCGGCGUCGGCCUCAUCAUCCGCAAGACAGGCUACUUCAAAUGGCUGCUCUACUUCGCCGUCCCGUUGUACAUCUUCGCCCAAGGCCUGAUGAUUCACUUCCGCAAACCAAACCAAUAUAUCGGCUACGUCGUCAUGUGCCAGAUCUUCAUCUCGGUAGGCGGCGCCAUAAUCAUUAUCUGCGAACAACUCGCCGUGCUCGCCGCCUCGGACCAUCAGCACGUCGCAGCCGUUCUCGCCCUCCUCUACGUAUCAGGCAAUAUCGGCGGCGCGAUCGGCAACUCGAUCUGUGGUGCCAUCUGGACGAAUACGUUCCCCGGUGCGCUGAUGCGGUUCUUGCCUGAGGAGGCGCAGGCGGAUUUCGAUACUAUUUAUGGGGAUCUGGAUGCGCAGUUGAGUUAUGAGGUGGGGAGUGCGACGAGGAUUGGCAUCCAGAAGGCGUAUGGGUAUGCGCAGGAGAAGAUGCUGAUUGCGGGGACGUGUAUUAUGGUUCUUGCUUUUGUGUGGGUUUCCUUGAUUAGGAAUAUCAAUGUGGCGAAGAUUGCGCAGACGAAGGGGACAGUGUUCUAA